ACAAAACCUGAAGAGUUUGUUCACCUAUUUAUUUGCAAAAACUCACAAACUCAACUCCUUUAAAUUCUCUCAAUUCUUGAUUCUUUAUACAAAAAAUUCAAAGAUUGUUGCUUUACUUCAACAGCUCAUUUUCAUUCUUGAACUCUUAACUUUACAUAUUUGAUUCAAUAACCCAAAAAAGAAAGGAGAAUUUGUGAAUAACUUUGUAGGAUUUGGAAAGGGGUUUUACAAAUGGAUGGUCUUUGUUUGACAGGAGGAGGGAUACAGGGUAUGGCGGGGCCUAUUGCCGUUGCCGGUGGUGCCGGAGGUUUAGAUGUACGAUCGACCCAGUUUAGUACAUCGGCGGUUGGACGUUCUUCGGCGUCGAUGUCGGUUGAAAAGACAUCUUCUUUUAGGAAUAAGUCAUGGGGUUUUUCGUUUAGGUACCCACUUAGAUCUUUUUGGUCUGGAGGUAAAGGAAGGUAUGAUGCUAUAGCGGUAGACGACGCUGUUUUGAUGGAGGAGAAGGAGGAGAAGAAUGAGGACAAAAAUGAGAAUUGGGUAUUGAAGAUUUUGCAUAUUAGGUCUUUGCAGAAGGAGAAGGAGGUAGGGGAGAAGGGCGGGGGUGAUGAAGAUCUGGUGGAGAAGGUGGAGGGAGAAGGUGGUGAUGACAUUGAAGAUGAUAGUGAAGGGCAUAACAAGUAUGAUGAUGGGGAUGAAGAAGAAUGUGAUGUGUGUUCUGUAGAUGAUGAUGAAAAAUUCAAAUUUGAUAGAAAUUCUUUUUCAAAGUUGCUUAGGAGGGUGACAUUGGCUGAAGCUAGAUUGUAUGCUCAGAUGUCUUAUUUGGGAAGUUUGGCUUAUGGAAUACCCCAAAUUAAGCCAGAAAAUUUAUUGAGGAAUCAUGGAUUGCGUCUUGUUACGUCUUCAUGUGAGAAAAGAGAACAGGCGUUAAAAGCUGAGAAAGAGAAGGCAGCAGCUGAAGAUCAGGAGAAGAAAGAGAUUGAAAACGCUCAAACACAGGGAGAAGAAAGAAGCACUACUACUUCAGUAGAAGGGAAUGGAGAGACCAGCGGGAACAGGAUAAGUGCAUCCACAGCUUACCAUAUAGCUGCCUCUGCCGCGUCUUAUUUGCACUCUCAUACAAUGAGCAUUCUUCCUUUUAAAUCCUCCAAGACUAUGCCAAAUAAAGAUUCCUCUGAAACAACCGUCGGAUGUGAUGACAAUAUAGAUGCAAUGAACAGGGAAGUUGCUUCUUUUAUGGCAACCAGUGACUCAGUGACAUCAGUAGUUGCUGCAAAGGAGGAAGUAAAGCAGGCUGUUGCAGACGACCUAAAUUCAAAUCAUUCUUCACCCUGUGAAUGGUUUGUUUGUGAUGAUGAUCAGAGCUUGACAAGAUUCUUUGUAAUUCAGGGAUCAGAGUCACUAGCAUCAUGGAAAGCAAAUCUACUCUUUGAACCUGUUAAAUUUGAGGGUCUGGAUGUGAUGGUCCACCGGGGUAUUUAUGAAGCUGCAAAGGGCAUGUACGCGCAGAUGCUACCAGAAGUACGCUCACAUCUUAAAUCUCACGGUAGUCAUGCCAAUUUCCGUUUUACUGGGCACUCUCUUGGUGGAAGUUUAUCAUUGCUCGUCAAUCUCAUGCUGUUCAUAAGGGGAGAAGUUACCCCAUCUUCCUUGCUUCCUGUUAUAACUUUUGGCGCACCAUCAAUAAUGUGUGGAGGAGACCGCCUCCUUCGCCGCCUUGGCUUGCCUCGUAGUCAUGUGCAGGCAAUCACAAUGCACCGAGACAUUGUCCCCCGAGCCUUCUCUUGCAAUUAUCCCAAUCACGUUGCAGAGUUUCUUAAAGCUAUCAACGGAAACUUCCGCAAUCAUCAAUGUCUGAAUAAUCAGAAGUUAUUGUUUGCUCCAAUGGGUGAGUUCUUAAUUCUGCAGCCAGAUGACAAGUUUUCUCCAAACCAUGACCUACUACCUUCAGGUUCUGGUCUGUAUUUACUGAACUGUCCUCUAUCAGAUUCAACAGAGGCAGAAAAACAACUUCAAGCCGCUCAGUUUGAGUUUUUAAACUCACCCCAUCCACUCGAGAUCCUAAGUGAUCGCUCUGCCUAUGGUUCUGGAGGAACAGUACAAAGAGACCACGACAUGAGCUCGUACUUAAAAUCAGUUAGAAACGUAAUUCGUCAUGAGCUGAACAACAUCAGAAAAGCUAAGAGGAAGCAAAGGCGCAGAGUUUGGUGGCCAUUGGUUUCACCAAGUGGGGUUAAUGCGGGUAUUGUUGCUAGAAGGUACGUCGAAUCAGGUAGUAUGGGCCAUGGCCAGAUCAACUUUGCUGGCAUCUUACAAAGUGGGAAAGAGUCGUUGAAACGAUUCAGUACACUAGUUGCAUCACAGCACAUGCACUUGCUUGUGGUGCUUUUGUUUCCUGCACGGUUGCUUAUUGUGGGGACUUUUAGCAUGUUCAAUUUUCGUUGAAUCCCCAGAAGCAUUACACAUUAUACAAGUUAAGAAGGGUAGAUGAUUCUUUAUUCAUUGACUACUACUGUUCCCUGGUUUUCUCAGAAGGGGACUUCAUGGAUUGAAAUGAAAUCCAAAUAUAUCCAGUAUUAGCAAAUCGAUUUACAAUUUGGAUCCAUUUGUUAAUUGAUAAAUUCCAUUUAUGGAAUGCAAAGAUGUAUACUUUUGUAGUACAAUGUU